CAUCACUGGUCGGCAAAUCCUCUUUUGACGAAGCCUCCCUUGGUGUUUAGUGUUAGGUGCUUUUUGUCACAAGUAGCAUAAUGGGGAGGCCGAAAGGUGAAGGAGGUAGAAGCAAGGCGCGACCUUCAAGCAGCAGUCUUGCGGCGUCGCUUUUGCCGUCGGGUUCCGGUGCCACUAUGGGAUUCGGUGGGUAUGUCGGUAGUUCGCGGCUCGAUUCUUCUAUCUCAAGCGAUGACUCAGUGCCAGUUGCCGACGUAGAUAGUGAAAUGGCGGUGCACUUGAAGAGACUAGCCAGGAAGGACCCCACCACGAAGCUUAAAGCAUUGACAUCAUUAUCGGAGCUGCUCAAACAAAAGUCCGCAAAGGACAUUGUCCCAAUUGUUCCCCAGUGGGCAUUUGAAUAUAAGAGGUUGUUGCUGGACUACAGCAGGGAGGUUCGACGAGCCACUCAUGAAGCCAUGACCAACAUUGUUACUCUUAUUGGGAGAGACUUAGCUCUGCAUCUGAAGACCUUAAUAGGACCUUGGUGGUUUUCUCAAUUUGAUUCUGUUCCUGAAGUUUCUCAGGCUGCAAAAAGGUCUUUUCAGGCAGCCUUUCCAGCACAGGAAAAGAGAUUAGAUGCUUUGGUUCUAUGUACAAAAGAGAUCUUGAUGUAUCUGGACGAAAAUUUAAAGCUCACACCUCAAAAUUUGUCUGACAAAGCUGCAGCAUUGGAUGAAUUAGAAGAGAUGUACCAGCAGGUGAUCUCAUCAUCAUUGUUAGCAUUGGCUGCACUUUUUGAUGUUUUAAUUUCUCUACAGCAAGAACGAUCUGGUCUUCAGAACAUAUCUGCUGAACCUAAACAUGCUUCAAAGGCAAGGGAAGCUGCAGUUUCUUUUGCUGAAAAGUUGUUAACAGAUCAGAAAUAUUUUUUGGAUUUUUUAAAGUCCACUAGCCCUGCUAUCCGGUCAGCUACUUAUAGUGUAUUGAAGAGCAUAAUAAGGAAUAUGCCCCAGGCUUGUAGUAACGGGAAUCUGAAAACUCUUGCUGGUGCAAUUCUUGGUGCUUUCAAUGAGAAGGAACCAAUUUGUCAUCCUUCAAUGUGGGAUGCUAUAUUACUUUUCUCUAAAAGACUCCCAGAUGGCUGGACUUGCUUGAACAUUCAGAAAAAUGUACUUAAUCCUUUUUGGCAUUUUCUACGGAAUGGAUGCUUUGGUUCUCAGCAGAUCUCGUAUCCAGCUUUGGUUUUAUUCUUACACUCUAUGCCUCUUAAAUCCAUAGGAGGGGACAAAUUUUUUGAUUUUUUCAAGAACCUUUGGGCAGGAAGGGGAACUUCCCAGUCUGCAGAUAGACUUGCAUUUUUCCAGGCGUUCAAAGAGUGUUUUGUCUGGUCAUUGAAAAAUGUUUCAAGAUAUUGUGAUGGAGCAGAUUCUAUGAGCCAGUUCCGAGUCACUCUUGUCGAGAAUGUCCUAAUGAGGCUUUUAUGGCAGGAUUUUUUUAUAUCUUCUGAUUCAAGAGGUCAUGAGAGAGUUUCAGGAAAAGUGGGAGAUUCAACAGAGAGCAAUAUUCGUCUUAACAAGAAAACAGUUAAUAUGCAGACUGCAAAGUGUCCUAUGCCUUAUUUACAAGAGUUGGGGAAAUGCAUUAUUGAAGUUCUCGUAGAAAUUCAUGCAUUGGAUCACAAUCUUUUAUCCCCAGUUAUUGUGGAAUUUGAGGAGAAUUGCAUCAAAAUACUUCAGGAAGAAGCUAAUAAAGAGCGCACUGAAGUACUCAUUUUAUUCAUGUCAUUGCUGGAGCAACAUGCAGUGCUGAAAGGUGAAACGUGGCCAUUGGUCUCUCUUGUGGGACCAAUGUUGUCAAAGUCCUUCUCAUUCAUACAAGCUUCAGACUCGCCAGAUGCUGUGAGACUUCUAUCUGUUGCUAUUUCAAUAUUUGGACCACAGAAGAUGGUGCAAGAAAUUUUCAUUCGAAACAGAGAGCAUUCUUUAAGUCAGCUUCUCCAUGAUGGUGACAAAAAACUAGAUGCUGGGGACUUUAUGGAAAUCUUCAAGGAAAUUUUUGUUCCUUGGUGUCUGCAGGGAAAUAAUUGCUCAACCGAUGCUCGUCUUGAUUUGUUGUUGACAUUACUGGAUGAUGAGUAUUUCUCAGAACAGUGGUCUUUUAUUGUCAAUUACGCAACUAGCCAAAAUUAUUCUGGAUGCUCACCAGCAUUGCUAGAUGUUGACUGUGCAGCAAUAUUGGCUAUGCUUCUGGAAAAAGCAAGAGUUGAGAUUACUAAGAGGAAGGAAACAGAAGAUUCCGGUGAUAGACGAGGCACAAAUACUGAUCUUUGCCAUCAUGAGCGUCUGGAAUCAGCUGCUAUUGCUGUUUCUCAUUCCUUCCUCCUUUUAACAACGCUCACGUGCAGUUCGUGUG